GAACGCUUGGUCAAAAGUACCAGUCGAUUAACAACAGUCUCGAGUUACUGUUCGAUCUAAAAGUUGUAUUUUUCCGAGAAAAAUAAAUCCCUCGUAAACAUGUACAAGCUCGUACUUCUCGCACUCGCCGGAUGCGCAAUGGCCGCACCUGCACCCAAGCCCGGCUUCCUCGCUGCAGCGGCUCCGGUCGCAGUUGCUCCGGUAGCCACGAGCUACGCCAACACUUACAAAGUCUCGUACAACGCUGCUCCAGUUGCCUACACCGCUCAUGCAGCUCCACUCGCCUACGCUGCGCAUGCUGCUCCAGUCGCCUAUGCCGCACACGCAGCUCCAGUCGCAUAUGCCGCACACGCAGCUCCUCUGGCCUACGCCGCCCACGCAGCUCCAGUUGCCUACGCCGCUCAUGCUGCCCCACUCGCGUACGCCAGCUACGUUCAUUAAGGAUUCCCAGACAACGCAAUCCUCAACAAUUCCACUUUUGUAUUCUCAUCGACCCCCGAUCUUUUGUGAAUAAAAAUAUCAAAUCUUCCGUUCAAACGUAA